AUGGCAUGGAUGGCGCUCUUCUUCUCCCUCACAACUCCAUUUGGAAUUGCAACCAACAUGAGGAUUUCCAAUGUUUACAAAGAGAAUAGUCAGACUGCUUUGAUAGUGGAAGGCGUUUUCAGUUCUGCAUCGUCUAGAAUCUUGAUAUACAUGGUGCUCAUGGAUCUUUUUGUUGGCAGCUGA